AUGGGCUCAUCAAAUUCAGCCACUCGCAAGACCAUGAGCGACCAACGAGGCGAAACCCCUCCGGAAAACACCAACGAAAAUCCACAGGAGGGAGCUCAAGAUGUUUCCGACGAGAGCCAGAAGCCCCACAGAAGGGGCAAGCGGUCUUUGAUCGACGUGCCUGCCCCUCGGGGCCCCGAUGGCGAAGAAAUCGAAGAGUUUUGAAUGUUAUUUCAUAGGCGUUAAGAAUUUUUUUAUUGGAUAAUUACUAUAAUUUUGUACGUGUUAAUUUAUUGUUAAUGCUUCUAUCGUAGCUGUUAAGAUUCAAUGUAUCGGAAAAUUUAAUUGGUAUGAGAAUAAACGAAUAUUAAUUAAGAAUAUAGCGGCAUCUAGCGCUUUUUAGCUUUAGUAGUAAGAAAAUACUUCUUUAAUCCUUUAAUAACUUUAUCAUUUACUUAGUCAUAUUAUUGCUCUAUCACGUUUAUUAAAAGCUUUAGAGAUGAAUAAUCUUUACUUUAACAAAAUUCUAAUAACUCUAUAAAUAUCUAAAGUAAAGAACAAUGAUCACGAGUACCUAAUUGCGUUCAUUAGAAACUCCUACACAAAUCCUAGUUACUCAAAAUUACCCAAACAUUGUAAACAUAAAAGUUUAAUAGACCUACCAUUAAAAUUACUUUGAAAAACCG